GCCGCGCAAGAUUUCUAGUCUGUACACGUCGGUACCUCCUGACAGAAUCCUGUGAGUACUAUGCCCCAAACUUUGUGUGUACUGUAACCCUGAACGCUUCCGUAGUGUCAGAGGGUCCCUCCACGACUACAGAUAGAGCUGCAGUGUCUUCCGUGUUGGAGAGCCUCACGAUGUUUCUACUUCGGCUAGCCAGUCCCCGCAGAAUAUGCCUGUUCUUCACGGUACUCGGGCUUCUCCUAGGCGCAGGUAUCGUCCUACAAAUGGAGGACGAGGAGGAGCGGAUACGCAGCUUCAUUGAAAACGACCCCGGCCCUGUGACCACCCCAGUUCUAACAACAGAAGCUGCAACCGAAGCCUACACUCCAAAAAAAGUAGUGGUCUUGAUGUCCCUCAGUAAGUGCGGCGGAUCUGCCAUAGGCGAGCUCUUCAACCAAAACCCGGACGUCUUCUACUUUUUCGAACCCCUUUGGGGGCUUGAGUAUGCCAUCAAGAAAUCCAACCAGGAGAACGGCACAACAGACAGGCUAGACGACUACCAAAGGUUAUCAUUUCGGUUGGUUAACUCUGGAUCGCACUGUAACGUCUCGGACGACUCCAGAAUCUUCCUGACUGUGUACAUGAAGAACACGAUCUUCAGCGGUGCGUACCGAAGCGAAUCCAUGAGAGUUCUGUGCGGGAUGGCAAAGAAAAAGCUCCCACAAUCAGAAAGUAGAUGUCCGAUAAAUGACAACAAGGUACCAGACGUGAUAGAACAGCUAUGCAAAGAAAAGUCACAUUACGUUGUAAAGGUCAUCCGAAUAAAGGAUAUCAUGAUGCUUCGCCAGUUUGCGUUCGAAGAAGAAGUUGACUACAAGAUUCUACAAGUUAUAAGGGAUCCCAGAAGCGUGGUAACCUCGCGACUGCAAGCCAAAUACUCCAGCAACUCUACUGUAAAGAAGUACACCGAAAGCCAUGUGAGAGAGGCGGGGUACCAGUAUUUGUGUAGGUGGAUGUCUGACAACGCCAGAACACAGGAUAGCAUAACGCCGUGGCUGGAGAACAGGUUUGCCACCGUGAGGUUUGAAGACUUUGUGACCAACAGGGUGACUACUGCUGAGAGGAUGUACGGAUUCGUCGGUUUACCUCAACAUAAGCAGGUUCUAAGCUGGUUGAACGCGCAGACCCCGUCUAGUGUGAAGCGGGCGGAGCCGUGGAAAACCCUGCUGGAGUGGGACGCCAUCAGGCUUAUCCAGAACGACCCCGCCUGUCAGAAAGUCAUGCGGCUGUUCGGGUACGUCCCCGCCGCCGACAAGUCAGACCUCACCAGCGACGGCUGGACCUCUGUGGUAGCGGUACCUGCAAACGUUGUCGCUAUAUCUUAAGCCUCUGUCACACAUUCACAGCCUUCCCCCGACCACAAACAAACAAACAAACAAACAAACAAACAAACAAACAAACAAACCGAGGUUGGUGGUAGUUUGGAAGCAGUCUGACCAAGUUUAGGCCAUGCCUUUACCCUCCCAUACGAAUCGAUUCAAAUUUGUAUUAGAUUUGAGUCAAAUUGCCCCGAUCACUGCUGACCUUCUUCCGACCACCAGUCAACUAUAGCACAACCUCUCGUCUACUCCCGAAUGUUUCAUACAUUUCGGAACAUUCGGCUCGCUGUGAGUUUGGCUAGUGUUCGGUAGGUCAUUCGUAAAUGUGUGACAGGGGCUCUCUGACACGGAUGUAGCAAACGCUUGAAAUCAUUCCGACCGAUCUGAUGAUACCACAUGUAGUAGUAGCUUCAGAGAAAGGUUUUCACAAGAGUAAAAUGUUGGUGGGAGUAUAACAUAUCUUGGAUAUAUACAGAAUGGACGGAACAUUGUUAUGUAUAGGUAUUGCUGUAUCAAAGACAGCGAUGCAUUAUAACUAUUAAAGUUGGUGUAUUUUGUGAAGGUGGCCUAAACAUUUUGAUGAAGUGGAUUUGCCCCUCUGACUAUUUAACGGCUAUAAUUUGAAAUACAAUAUUCGUGGAGGUCUAAGGAGGAUGACACCCUUUAGACAAACCAAAAAUGUCUUAUCUCUUUAAUCUAUGUCAUGGCGAAGGUUGUGAAAAUGAUUGAAAGCGCAGAACAGUAUUAUAUGAUAAGCAAUAAAUCGUCGGUGUUCUUUUAUCAGAAGGAAGUUAUAGCUAUGACCGUAUGUCAUUCAAUGGUGUAUCAUUUUGUGGUGUGGUGUCCAGAUGUUUAUUGAUGCAUAAGCCGAUGAAUAGUCAGUGUGCCUAAAUAUUAGGCCAUGUUGAUUUG